GUUACGCUUUUGGAGAAGUUACCAGCGUUACUUAUAAAAGCGAAGUGGUCCGGAGUUUCGCGAAAGUCGGCAGGCGGAGGUUGCACGUCAAGUGGCAGUUGGCAACAGCGUGUAUCAGGAAAAAGCGGGAGGAGCGUUUCGCUUGCUGUGUGGUACCUCGCCGCUUCGACAUCCGUUGCAUUGGAAACAACGGAAUUCAAAGUCACAUAGGACGUUGCACGGACGCCGGCUGUGAUCGUGAUGCAUUUAUUGGAGAAAUGGAUGAAAAUGGACAUGCACUGGAAGUAGCAUGCUGUUAUUGUCACCAUGCACGAGCCAAGCAUGCAGCACUGAGUGAAACAGGUAACCCACAGCGCAGCUCCACUGGUUCCAAAUUUGAUGGACACAGCCAUGAGUUACCUGGCAGUAUUGUGGCAGAGGGUAUCUUGUGCCACAGAAGUACAUACGAACAGUCCAGCAGAAAUACAGCAGCAGCCCAAUCCCAGUCUAUAACUCUGCAGAGGCUCAGAGAGAUAGCAGCAAACCAGGUCCUUCCCACAACUCUCCGGAAGCUCGGGAUUCGUCGCAAACCCAGCCAGCCAGCCAUGUACGAACCUAUAUUUGCCAACAUUGUAGAUUGUCGACUAGGUAUUUCCAGUGCUUUUGUGACCACGUUGUUCAGUGUGUUGGGUGUGGCUUUCUCCCUUCUUGUGAUACUUGUGGAACAACGUUUGAAACCAUCUAAAGAUACAUACAUCAUUUGAGUUUUUGUAUUUAGUUAAGCACACGAGUACAGGAUGACAUAACAUGACAGGAUGAGCCAGCCAACACAAUGUAUAGGUGAGCUACUUGAGCAGAUGGAAAGAACAGAUCAAAGUUCGAAGAAUAAUCGAAAAAAAAAAAGGCUAUUUAUGCCAUAACCCAGAGGGCCACCACAUGUGCUCCAAGGUGGUUGUCGAUUGCGUUGUAAGCAGCAUAGAGGAAUUGUUUCAGGAAAUGGGUGUGCAGAUUGACAGCACUUUGGUAAAAUCAGAUCAGGUUCGGAAGUUGCAUUAUGAGGAACCCCUGAUUUUUUGUAACGUGCUUUAACUGCAAAAUGCGUUGGGGUUCUUUAUCUUAUUAAACUUUCAUUUAGAUAAUUUUUCUACACGUCAUGUGAAGAUGACUACGAAUUAUCUAUUUUGCUAAAGUCAAAAAGUGACUUGUCAACUCAGUUCCGUUAUAUGUACAUUCAGUGCAAGGUGUUCUGCAGUUUAGUAAUACUCAUAUUUCAUAUAUGCCUUUUCUCUGCAUGAUCCUUCGGAGAUAUUUUGCUCCACUGAAGAAGAGACUUGUGAACUCGAUUUUGACUUUCAGUGCAAAGUGUAUUGCAUCUUGAAUUUUUAAUAUUACUCCUCUUUAAUAUGUUACAAUUCAUUAUUUGAAUGGUCUUUCCAUGUGUCAUAUGAAGAUGAUAAAGAAUUUUACAGUA